GGACUGUGGUCAGUGGUAGCAGCUGAGAGUGGAAUCUGCUGCCCACUGGGGGAUCUGGGUGUUAGAGCAAAAUCCUUUGACUGGAUAUAAAGUGAGAGAAGGAGUGAGACAGCAAGUGUGAGAGCGACAGAAAGCAAGUGAAAGCAAAGAUGGACGAGGAACAUGAGGAGCAGCUGAUUGUGCUGCAGAUGAGUCAUGAUCAGAGAUUUUCUGUUUCUCUCCUCAGUUUCAGCAGAGGGAGGACGGGGGGAGGAGUGGAGGUGAGGACAGAUCACUCUGGGAUAAAAGUUGCAGCAGCAGCAGACAUGAAAUCCUCCAAAGGGCUGUUUGGACAGUUCGGAGAAUUUCUCCACUGAGAGCAAUCUACAGCCAAACACAACCGCAGCAGACUGAGAUUCGUCUGCACAACAGGUGAAAAAAAAACACUCAGUGCAGCAAAUGAGAAUCUGUGGAGGAUUUACAAACAGGUGCACCUGCUAAACGCAGAGCAGGACCUACUUUUAUGUUGGACAGGUUUCUAACUGAGGAUCAACAGCACUGAACUGAACUGCAGCUGCAAAAUGACGGCUGCCACAAAGCUCCUGGAUGAGAUGUGCCAUCUGACGGCUCAGUCUCUGACAGCGAUGGACACAUCGGAGCACUUCAGGGUCCUGAAGCUCCUCGGUGAAGGCUCAUAUGGAAAAGUCAUGCUGGCCGUGCACAGGAAGAGAGGUACUCCGAUGGCUCUGAAGUUCUUCCCUCGUGAGUCCACCUCUCUUUUCUCUUUCCUGAGGGAGUACAACCUCUCUCUGUCGUUCUGUACCCACCCGUCCCUCACCAGAGCUCUGGGAAUCGCCUACUCCACACCUUCGCACUACGUCUUCGCUCAGCAAGCCAGCCUCUUCGGCGACCUCUACGACGUCAUCCUGCCUGAGGUCGGUAUGGAGGAGGACUCCUGUCAGCGGGUGGUGUCCCAGCUCUGCGGCGCAUUGUCCCACCUGCACUCCCUUGGCUUUGUCCACAGAGACCUCAAACCAGAGAACGUCUUCCUGUGCGACUCCGCCUGCCGCUGGGUCAAACUGGGAGAUUUCGGCAUGGUGAAGGCCAGGGGCACCAAGGUCCCGGAGGUCUGGUACAGCUCCCCUUACUGCACCCCUGAGGCUGAGAUUGCUCGCGGAAAUGAGGACAGCUGGAAAAGCACGGAUGAUGGUGUUAGGGAGGAAGAAGAGAAGAAGAAGGAGAAGAAGACAAGAGUCUGGGUGUCUGUGGAGCCCAGCACAGACAGCUGGGCGCUGGGGAUCCUGACCUAUGCCAUGCUCACAGGCAGUCAUCCCUGGGCUGAAACAGCCAGCGACUGCCACUCAUACCUGAAAUAUCGGGAGUGGUUUGACAGAGCAGAAGGGCCUGAGGAUGAACUGGACGUGUGGGCAGAGCCACAGACAGAGAGCACACAUGACGCCAUUGAUUUAAAUGGACCAGAACUUGGAAAGAAAGACCGCCCUCCCACAGCACCCCAGUUUGUGUGUUUUACCCCGCUGGCCUGCUCCUUCUUCCAGUCGCUCCUGGACCCGAGACCUCAGCUUCGUGGGCAGCCUGAGGAUGCACUGAGUUACCUCGGAGGGGACUGGAUGAUGGAGAAGGAGAGGGUGAGGCUGGAGGAGGAGAGGAAGAAGAGCAGAGGGAAAGGAGCAAUCAGAAACAUGAAAGAGAUGGAGGGAAGAGGAGAGCGAUAAGCAAAUAUAGUUUAUAGAAAUGAAGAGGAAAAGCACGUUAUAUUUUUGCUUUUCAAAAAUCAUAAGUUGACCGACUUCAGCAUCAACAUAUUAGAAGCACAUCAAUACUUAUAUUAGUCUGAUUAACAAACACAAAAAAUACGGAUUAUGGGUGGAAACAUCAGGUCGGUGGAAGAAAGAGGUUUAAUAAUGAACCUCUCUAAGCAUGACGACGGCAACUUUGGGAAAAUCCCCUUUGAAUGAAAACCACAUGGUUUAUGAGAAAUCUGGUUUCAAUUUGAGGAAAACCUGUUGGACUGUGGGAGGCAAACAGCUGUUUCAAUCACAGCCUGAUUCGUUUUGGCUGCAAAUGAAUUGAUUUAGCCACAUUUUUUACUUGAUUGAAAAAAAUGUACUGUAGCAGUAAGUGUAAUUUAUAUAUCAGCUGCGUUUCUGGAGAUUGUUUGUGUUUAGUUGUGCUGUGAAGCUUCCGUGUCCUUGAAAACGACACCUACUUUAACACACUGCAUCUAUAUUUAGGUCCAGACUUUUUAAAGUAUAAUACGUCACAGUGUGCCGUGACCUGCUUAUAGACUGCAGCGGUGCCCAGUUUUACACCAUAAACGUCCAGUUAAAAUACGAGCACAGGGACUUCCUUCACCUGGUUUCAAAGGUAAAAAAAAAAAAGACGAGUAAAGGCCAGCUUUCCUGAAAGUAAAGUCACAAAUUUUUCAGUAGCACUUGUGUAGCACUGUUAGCAGGUCGUGACUUUUAGCUAAUGUUGCUGUGGCUGUAGCACUUUGUACAAAACUACCCUGUAGUUAUUCUAUUAUUUUGUAUGGAUAAAUGUUCUUUACACAUUACAUCAAAAUGUAAUGUAUUAAACUGUGUAAUCUUAUUACCGAGCAUCAGAAAGUCUGUUGGUUACCUGCAAAUAAAUGGAUUUUUAAAUGGA